AGUUAUCAAAAAUUGGAAAGUUAGCUUGACUGUUGUUGAUACUAAACUUGUUAUCUUUCGUCUUCCAAUAUUCAUAUUUCAAAUGUUGCUCUUAUUGAUAAACAAAAGUGAAAAUCCUAGACUGAUAACCCAUCACAAUUUUAUCACACUGAACCAUGUUUUGAUAGAAAUGUUAGAUUGCUCUGUUAAAAAUACACUUCACAACAGAGCUGCGACUUUGUUUUUAAGUCAACAUAGUUUAAUGAAUACAGUUGAAUAGAAAUUACAUUUUAAUCACUUUAAUUUAUUGUGGAAGCAAACAAAGAUUAUUAUUUAUGGAACUGCGUCUAGAUUUUUAAUUCUGUAUGGUUCGCGGACUACACGACAGGGCAGAUCGUUAUGUUAGUGUUCAGUUUCGUCAAAAAAUAAAAACUAGUUUUAAAAUUAAUUUCAUGAAUACGCCAUCGCUUAAUGAAAUUUGCAUAAAAUGAAGAUUAACAAAAGCUUGCUGCCUGUAAAGGCGCAUUUCUUCUUUUUCUUCGCCGCCCUGGGGCCGCUGUUGCCGCAAAUGAAUGUGUUCGGGCGGCAACUGGGAGUCACGCCCGCAGCGAUGGGAAUCGUGACGGCGAUUCUGCCCCUGCUGUGGGCGACUGCGAAGCCACUCUUCGGCUACGUUGUAGAUUAUUGGCCGGCGCACAGGAAGCUAGUAUUCAUGCUGCUAAUAUCGGUUAUGACCGGCUCGUACUGUUGCCUCUGGUUCUUGCCCACCCCGGAAACCGUCGAGCCGCCCCUCCUGGAAUACGUUUAUAAACUGGAAACCGUUGAUUUGAGACGAAACGAUCAGUCCCUGAACCUAGAAAAGUACACGUGCCACUGGAAUUGUACUCCGGGAACGUUCGAUGUGUACCUGCGGAACACGACCCUUAUCGAUACAGCAUACUUGGACAGUGACGUCACGAAUUCGACCUGUCUGACCCUGAACAUGGACUUAAGCGAAGUCCGAGACGGGCAAGUGAAGUGCACGCCCAGAGACGGCUGCGAUUUGUUGUGCUACGAAAAGGGAUUGAAUCGAGUCAAAAGAGAGAUAUCAGGUUCCACUAAGAAUUUGGUUGACGUUAACGAGAAGAUCUCUGGUGAUUCUUCUGUUGAAACGGGGGGAGGAGGUAGCGUCUAUGUGAGUCUUACGUUUUGGGCGUUCGUGGUUCUGAUGAGUCUGGGUACAGUGGCGUUUAAUGUGGCCAAUUGUAUCGGUGACGCCGUGUGCUUCGACGUGCUUGGUCCAGAUCGAGGAUCGAAAUACGGUGCCCAACGAGCUUGGGGCACUAUCGGAUAUGGGGUGACGGCCCUGCUGGGAGGUUGCCUGGUGGAUAUGGUAUCUGAUGGCAAGUACAAGGACUACACGCCGGCGUUCGUGAUAGCCCUAAUUGCGACCGGCAUCGAUCUUUAUAGCUGCAGAGCGUUGACGCUACCCUCAUUAUCGAGCCCCACCGAUUCCGGUGCGGCAUUACGUUCUGUACUGCGGAUACCGAAGGUGAUUGUGUUCAUAGUGUUCGCCGUACUGGCGGGCACAUUCGACAGCUUCAUAAUCUAUUACAUGUUCUGGUUCCUGGAAGAAUUGGCCGAGGAAACCGGUUCGAUUGCUACGAUAAAGCUCAUCGAGGGCGUGGUGGUAGCCGCGCAGAGCUUCGUCGGGGAGCUUCUGUUCUUUUUCUGUUCAGGUAAAAUAAUAAAGCGCUGGGGCUACGGAACGACGCUGACGUUUUCAUUGUUCUGUUACGGAAUUAGAAUGGCGUUGAUAUCGUUCAUUCGGAAUCCGUGGCAAUUGGUGUUGAUAGAGGGGAUUAUGCAAGGCCCGACAUAUGCCCUUUGCUACGCUACUAUAGUCGGGUACGCGGCUCAUGUGGCCCCGGACGGUUACUCGGCGACUGUCCAGGGCAUAGUGGCCGGCAUGGACGACGGCGUGGGUUUCGCCCUGGGAUCGCUGCUAGGCGGACAACUGUACGGUUCGAUGGGCGGUCGAUAUUCGUUCCGAGUGUUCAGCGUAUUGGCGGUGAUCGCGGCCGCCCUGCACGCCGCAAUGUUCUUGGAAUUCGAUCGGGCUGCAGAUUCCUGUUGGACGAAUGACGAUGGUGAUAAGCCGAAGGUGACUCGGUUCGUUGGUAGACGCCAAUCAGAAGUGGAUGAAGACUGUGAUGAUUAUAAUUAUGAUGAUGUCGUAACGCCUGAUGAUUUAGAGGAAUACCAGGAUUCAGACACGCGAGAUUGCGAUGAAAACAUACAAAUAGAAACGGUAUAUUGUUAUGAAGACGAUUCCACUUGUUAUGUUGAUAAUAAUAAUGAUGAUGAUGAUUGAGAAAAUAUAUUUUUGACAAAAAAAAAUACUUUUUUUUUCUACCUAAGCUGAUGGUCUAAAGAGAUCAUGUCAGUGUCGCCGGGCUAGUAGGUGAGCUCACGGGGCUCAAACCUAUAGUUUGGACAGCCCUGACCUAGUUGAUUGAGUAUCAAUGGUAGCCCCAUUACACAAACCAAAACGCGUGAUCGCUUCGUAGCAGAAGUAAACAGAGUGGUGGUACUUACUCGUGCGGGCUCACAGGACACACCUUUUUUUCGACCUAAGCUGAUGGUCUUGAGAGAUCAUUUCAGCGUAACCUUAACUAGUAGGUGAGUUUACGGGGCUCAAACCUGACGACGUUGCUAACACGAACCCUAGCAAGAGCAGUGCUUCGUAGAAUCUACCACCGGAUCGGAAACGCGACCCACUGAGAAGAUCCGGCGAGAAACUCAGUGGACUGUGUCUGUGGGUUAAUUUACUCGUCGAGUCCUUCGUCGCAAGCGACGGGUUCGACGAGGACUAUGACCGGUGCUUGAGGUACCUGAAAGCACCGUUAAUGGAUCGGGAGGAUCCGUAAUGACGUGUUUAGGGCGAUGUCGACUGUUUACCAUUCGGUCCGCAGGAUCGGGUAUAUAAUUUCUGGCGGCCACGACAAGAGGGUUCUCGUGUUGUGUUGUCUGUCUCGGAUAUACUUAACAUCCGUUCUGAAUAACUGAACUUUUUACUGGUGGUAGGACUUCUUGUGAGUCCGCACGGGUAGGUACCACCACCCCGCCUAUUUCUGCCGUGAAACAGUAAUGCGUUUCGGUUUGAAGGGUGGGGCAGCCGUUGUAACUAUACUGAGAGCUUAGAACUUAUAUCUCAAGGUGGGUGGCGCAUUUACGUUGUAGAUGUCUAUGGGAUCCAGUAACCACUUAACACCAGGUGGGCCGUGAGCUCGUCCACCCAUCUAAGUAAUAUAAAAAAACCUGACGUGCUGGAAUGAAAUGUUUUUUUUUCCAUUUCCCCUCGGUAUGGCCACUGCCGCCGUGCAAAACAGGCUGAUUUAUAUUUAUCGGUCAUCAAAAACAAAUGUGGCGCUUACGCUAUUAAUAUCUGAAGCGCUCGAGUAUUUCUUUGUUGGAUUUUUUGACGUGAUAACGUCUUGUUUUUUUUAAGGGAUUUUAUGUCCUGGUAGCUAAGACCUUUAAGUCAUGUCUCAUUUUAAUUUAUAUUCAUAUUUAUAUGAAAAAUGAUAUUAUAGAGUGAAAUGAAAUGAAGAUGAUUAAUUUGAGACAGUAAUCGACUGGGAUGAAAUUAAAUGAGAUGAGAUGAAUGGGAUGAAAUAUAAUCUCAGUAAAAUGGUGGUCAUUUACUAAGAUUUUUUCAGAGGACUUUUUGGAGGAUCCCGAGAAGUUACGUCCAGCGGCUUUGUUUUAUUUUCCCACAUGUGUGCACUUUCACAGAUAUCAAACAGUUAAUAAACCACCAUUAUUACACAUUUAAACCUGAAGAAACACUAAAUAGACAAAACAAAACAAAUCACACAACUUCACUCCUCGCGUUCCCGCCAAAAAGUCUGAUAACGUCUUGUAAAUCGGUGAACACCGGCUGUACGCUCGAAAAAGUGUCACGUUCCGCCCGAGUUUGAGCGUGUAAACGAGAGCGCGGAACAAACGAUAGAUAGGCAAGAUCCGCCCAAGUGUUGGCUUGUGACACAUUCAUCUCUCUUCUCGCGUGACGUCAUAACUAGCAGUUCGAAUAUUUCCGCUACUGGCGUUAUCACGUAAAACUAUCGUCCGUAAAUCGACCUAACAGACAACCAAUAUUAUUUUUAAGCUAUUGCAUAGAUUUUAUCGCGGGCCUUGAGCGCGGCGACCGAAUCAUGAAAUUCCGCAACGAAAAAAACCUUCCACCCCCCACUCCGCCUACCAUGUAGCUCGCGUUCAACACAUUCACACGUUGCGCUUGUGUAGUGUUUGUGAAUAAGCGCGCGGCGUGACGUCGCACUGCAUGCGCAUCAUGAAAAGUCUGCCCAUCUCUCUCUCGCGCGGUCUAGCUUAUGAGUGUGAAGGGGACAGUUAAGGUUUUGCUUUUAUUAAUGUUUCAUAUAGCGUGGUCUUGUUUUAUUAUUGUUUUAAUAUUAAAUUAUCAUUGUCUAAUUAUAAUUGUAUAAGUUGAUAAAAAAUGCUAUGCAAUAGCUUUACCGCGGCAGUUCCCGAGUGCCACACGCUUUUUUGUACAUUUUUGAAAAAUUAGCAUCUAAUCUUAACAAUCCAAAAGGUCUCCGCGAAGUUCGGAUAAGUCAAUACCUAUUUAGCUUCUUGGGCUCCCCAACUGUCGUGUGUCAUAUUUUAUGAAAUGUUAAUCUUUGUUGUUGUUUAAAAUGUUUUUUAUUUACAAUUUUUAUUAAUUUUAGUAGCAUAGGCAUCCCUGAUAACAUUGGCUUGUUAUUGACUGAAGGAGAGUUCGCAUAUACGCAGUGCUCACAAGCGCUGACAUAUUGGCGAUCAGGCGUUAUUAACGCUGUCUAUAUUGAAUUGAUAUUUGACGAUAUAGUGAAAGUGAAGUCGUCGUGGACUAAAGGAUAAGACGUCCGGUGCAUUCGUAUGUAGCGAUGCACCGCUGUUCGAAUCCCGCAGGCGGGUACCAAUUUUUCUAAUGAAAUACGUACUUGACAAAUGUUCACGAUUGACUUCCACGGUGAAGGAAUAGCAUCGUGUAAUAAAAAUCAUCACAUGUAAUAAAAACCAAACCCGCAAAAUUAUAAUUUGCGUAAUUACUAGCGGCAGGACCUCUUGUGAGUCCGUGCGGGUAGGUGCAAUUAAGUAUGAACUGACUUGCAAUAUUUUUUUUUAUAUUGUAGCUUGUUUGUUUUUUUAUUGAAAUUUGGAACUGGAGUACAAUUGCGCACUCACGUAUUAUUAUUGUGUUCAUUCUUAGACAUAUCGACGCUUGAAAGAAAAACGUGACUAAGCGACAAUAACUGCCUUGUACAUAAAUGAUAGGCAAUAACCAUAUUCGAUGCGUAAAAAAUAUAUAUUUCUAGGUCUAUUAAAAUCAUUUCAAUCCUACAGCUAGAUUCGUUAAAAUAUAAUUUUUUUCAGAUAUUUCAACUUUAUUAUUAGUCUACUGUAAAGUUCACGCAUUGUCGCUUAGUCAUGUUUGCCUUUCAAGCGUCGAUAUGUAUAUAAAUAUAGUUGGAUUUUUUCUUUAUUACAAUGAAUUCAAAUUCAAAUUCAAAUUCGUUUAUUUCAACUUAGAUGUCAGUAUAACACACUUGUUGAAUGUCAAAAUAUAAAUAACAAUGUUAACUCUACCACCGGUUCCAAAAAAAGCCACAGUCCUGAGAAGAACCGGCGGAACAAACUCAGCGAGUUUUUUUUUGUAAAAAAAUAUAUUUGAGAAAAAUCUCAUUUUUAUUUUAUUUUAAAUAACUAGAUUUGCAAUAAACGAAAAAACAAGUCAAAAAUACAAUUACAAAAUAAUAGGUAAUAAUAAUGAAAAAUGAAAAGGCCAGGAGCGAGCGCCUCAUUCCCACGUAGUGCCAUCUAGUAGAUAAUCCUUAACUUUAUAAUACGCCUUGUUGCACAAACGUUCCUUGACAGUUUUCUUAAAUCUAUGAACAGGUAGUAGUUGAAUUAUUUUAAAGCACAAAUAUGAGGGUAGUUAUGUUUAAGUUUUCGAGGGUACAUAUCGAAGGGUGAAAGGGUAUUCGUACUAAGCGACAUAUCACUUAAUAAUUCACAUACAUUUAUUUUUGUAAUUAAAGGUGCAUUUUAUUUGGUAUUAGCAUCAACAGUUCAAUGUUCUUAAUUGAACUUCAAUUAAGUUUACCCCGUUCUAACAGCUGAAGAAGUUUUCUCGCUCUGGCCGUCAUACAUUUACAUUAGUCCAGCGAGGGCGCAUUAAGAAUCGAUCGGGGACGCCGCGUUGCCGACCUCUAGUCUAGAGAGAUCAUGUUAGCGUCGCCAGGCUAGUAGGUGAGCUCACGGGGCUCAAACCUGAUGUUGUUGCUAACACUGGCCCUAGCAAGAGCAGUGCUUCGCAGAAUCUACCACCGGAUCGGUACCUAUAGAAUUGAGACGUAAGAACUCAUUUGUAAACGUGGGUAGGUUUAACGCUGUUGAUGUCUGUAGGCUCUAGUGACCACUGAACAUGAGGUAGGCGGCGAAAUCUUUCGUUUAUUUAGUUAAAUAAUAAAUUCAUUGAAAUUAUGUUGAUUUUGUCACCACAAUUCUAGUUAUAAGUACAUUUUAUGUAUGGUUAAUGUUGAACAAAAAAAAAAUAAACAGUUUUGAUACUUA